CUUCCUCUCGGCCUCCUCACGGCCGCACAAGGCCAUCCGAUGCUGGUCGAGCUCAAGAACGGCGAAACGCUGAACGGACACCUCGUUACGUGCGAUACCUGGAUGAACUUGACGUUGAAGGAGGUGGUGCAGACUAGUUCGGAUGGCGAUAAAUUCUACAGAUUACCGGAGGUUUAUGUUAAGGGAAAUAACAUCAAAUACCUGCGUGUACCAGACGAGAUUAUCGACUUGGUGAAGGAGCAACAGUCUAGAGAUCAGGGCAGCGGGUACAGAGGUGGUAGGGGAGGUGCGCAGAGGGGUGAUCACCGUGGUGGUGGGGAUAGAGGAAGGGGACGAGGUGGUGCGAGAGGGAGGGGUAGAGGAGGGAGAGGUUCGUGAGAUGGAGAGAGGUGAUACAGGACUCGGAGCCUGGCGUAUCGGCUCGCUGGCUGGAGCUACGAGAGAUUAAUUGGCAUGAGGUCAUGAAGUGAGAUGAUUAGGGACCUCUGCUGGAGCUGUGGAAAGGACGGCGCAAGUUCGCGAAGUUAGGCAAGGCCUAUCAAAGGCAAAUGCGCAAUGGGCUGAGAAUUAUGACACAACAUACCCCCUUAAGCAGAGAAUUCUAAAAAGCGCCGAGAAAAUAAAGCUCUUUUCCUGCUAGAUAAGAAGUAUGUAACUUAUUCUUGAGCUCUGUUGACAAUCGC